AUGAAACCCUUAACGAAAGAGCAACAAGAUAGACACAACCAGGCAACUGUGUGUCAUAUCUGUGAAAAACCAAUCACUUCUGCUUCAGAUAAAGUCUAUGAUCAUUGUCACUUCACAGCUACAGUAUUUGAAGGUGAAAUUUCAUUGUUACCAAUCAAUAAAGAGCGUUACAUUACUUUCACAAAAUCAGUUAAAAAUACUUCAGUCUCUUUAAGAUUUAUUGAUUCAUUCAGAUUCAUGACUUCCAGCUUAGAGAAAUUAGCUUCAUACCUCGAUGACAAAGACAAACAGAUUAUGCGACUACACUACCUUGACCCUGACAAAUUCAAAUUAGCAACACGUAAGGGUGUAUUCCCGUAUGAGUACAUUGACAGUAUUGACAGACUAGAUGAGAAACAGUUACCUGACCAGGAUUCAUUUUAUUCAAAAUUAACAAACUCAACUAUUUCUGAUGAUGAUUAUGCUUUUGCUCAAGUAGUUUGGAAUGAAUUUAAUAUUAACACGCUUGGAGAGUACUCGGACUUAUACUUGAAGACUGAUGUCCUUCUCUUGGCUGAUGUCUUUGAAAACUUUAGACGUAGUUGCUUUAAAACAUACAAUCUAGAUGCUCUGCAUUUUCAUACAGCACCAGGCCUUUCGAACUUGGCAAUGUUAAAGCAUACUGGUGUAGAACUUGAACUAUUUACUGAUCCUGAGAUGCUUCUUUUCAUUGAAAAGGGUGUACGUGGUGGGGUAUCGAUGUGUGCUAAUAGACAUGCUGAAGCUAACAACCGGUACAUGGGUAAAGAUUUUGAUUCAAACAACCCUGAAACAUACGUGAUGUAUUACGAUGUAAAUAAUUUAUAUGGUGCUGGGAUGAGUAUGUCUUUACCCAAGGGUAAAUUUGAAUGGGUUGAAAAUGUAGAUGAUGUAGAUCAGUUUUUCAAUGAUGAUGAAAGUGUAGGCUACAUCCUUGAAGUAGAUCUACACUAUCCUGAGAAACUACAUGAUCUACAUAAAGAUCUACCGUUAUGCCCUGAACAUUUUAUACCACCUGGUAGCAAACAACAAAAACUGACAACAACUCUGUAUGAUAAAAAUAAUUAUGUUAUUCAUUAUAAGAAUUUGAAACAAUGUUUAGAUUUAGGUUUAGUUCUUAAGAAAAUACAUCGAGUCUUGAAAUUUGAGCAAUCAGACUGGCUCAAAUCAUAUAUUGAUAAGAAUACUGAAUGUCGAAAACUUGCAAAAAAUGAGUUUGAAAAAAAUUUUUAUAAAUUAAUGAAUAAUGCGGUUUUUGGAAAGACGAUGGAAAAUGUAAGAAAAUACAAAGAAGUUUGGCUUCGAACAAAGUGGCAAGGUCGAUACAAUGUAUCCGAUCUAGUGUGCAGACCAAACUUUCAUAAUCUCACUAUUUUUGAUGAAGAUAUGGUUAUAGUUGAACUAAAACAAGUAAGAGUUUGCUUCAACAAACCAAUAUAUGUAGGAUUUAGUAUAUUAGAUUUAUCUAAAACUUAUAUCUAUGACUUUCACUACAAUUAUGUGAUAAAAAAUUAUGAAAACGAUUCAAAAUUAUUGUACACUGACACAGACAGUUUAAUUUACCAAUUUAAUGUACCCAACAUCUAUGAAGACAUCAAACGUGAUAUCUCACGGUUUGAUACCUCCGAUUACCCGCCUAACAAUGUCUUCAACAUGCCUCUUGUCAAUAAAAAGGUUCUGGGACUCAUGAAGGAUGAGAACAAUGGAAAAAUCAUGUCCGAGUUCGUGGGUCUCAGAGCCAAAUUGUAUGCCUUCGAAAUCCACGAUCCUGAGAAGGAAAAAGACAGGAUAAAUAAACGGGCAAAAGGUAUCGGUGGAUCGGUUUUGAAGACCAUCACGUUUGAUGACUUUAAAAGAUGUCUUUUUGAAAAUGUAUUGUUAAGAAAAGAGGCAGUAUAUGAUAAAAAGUAA